ACACACAUAUGUCUUUUAAUUGAAACGCACCACAAAUAGAACAAAUAACCCCACACACACACCAAUGGAGCCAAAGCUAACCCAUCUUUGCUAUUGCCUUCUACUUUUUCUUCCACUACUCUCCCAAUCCACCAUAGCCAAACCUUCAUCAUCACCAAACCCUAGCAACAGCAUCAACUUCAUUGUCUCAUCAUGCCGUGUCACGCGUUACCAAACUCUCUGCGUCAAAUGCCUCGCCACUUUCGCCAACAAAAUCCGCCGCAACGAAAACCGGUUAACUCAAACCGCUUUAGCCGUUACUCUAGUCCGGGUGCAGUCCACAACGGUCUACGUAGCGAAGCUGACUAAAUCUAGGAGAAUCAAACGGAGAGAGUACUUAGCCGUGAAGGAUUGUGUUGAGAAUCUUGGAGACGGUUUAGAGAUGUUGGCUCAGUCGAUGAGGGAGUUGAGACAAGUUGGUGGAUCCGGUCGUGAUCGAGACGAGUUCUUGUGGAGGCUAAGUAACGUUGAGACAUGGGUUAGUGCUGCCUUAACGGAUGAGACAACGUGUCUUGAUGGGUUCGAUGGAAAGGUUAUGGACGGUGUGGUGAAAUCGGCGAUUAGAAGACGAGUGGUUCAUGUGGCUCGAGUUACUAGUAAUGCUUUGGCUCUUGUAAACCGGUUCGCGGCUCGGCAUAAGUCAUAGUUUCGGGUAAUAAAUUAAAAUCCGGUCCUAAUUAAUUAGGUUUUGUCAUGUAUUGUUUUUUUCCUAGUGGGAUCGUUUGUUUCUUUAUGAUACUUUGUAUUUAUGUGUUGGCUUGUGAUGUUUUUGGGUUUAUGGAAAAAAGAAUUGGCCACAAA